AUGAGCAAAUUCAGUUGUGAACGCUGUGGUAAAAUCACCAGGGACGUCUUACUUCAUGUUCAUAUGAAUUCUUACCCUUGUGGUCGAUGUGGUCAGACGACUUCUAGCUUAGCCAUCAUCUUGGACAACGUCAAGAGGUUUUCAGAAAACACGAGGAGACUCUUCUCCAUUCUGCAUGAUUGGACCGAAGAGGCUGCAACGUCUGGCAUCGCGCUUGAGCUUGGUGCUGCUUGGCCUGGCGAUGACGAUACUCAGUACCCGUUUGGAGACUGUCGUACCCGUUGUCGUGCACACUUAAUGCCCCAUAUCAGCUGGUCCAGCCUUAUUGGUCUUGAUCGACAUUCAUCCCUUCGGAAUGCUCCUAUCAUCACUUCGCUUUUCAUCAAGAAAUCUCUGCCUUCCAGCCUUCUGGCCUGGACAAUAUUCCAGAUUGUCGACCAUCUGCCCCGUCUCGAGCAAAUCAAUUGCGAGCACCGACUCGAACUCGAGCUCAGCGAGCACGACCUACAUCACAGCGCGAAUUCGGCUCUUUUCAGUAUACGUGGUCAGAUGCGGAGAAUAUCUUUAUGGGUGGCUCGCUCACAAUCUGGGGCACCAAGAAUACCUCACGAUCUCGGCACAGCUGCGACACGGGCUGCUUUCCAAGUGAAAGAACUGGCAAUUUCGCAUGCUUCAGAAGCAAGACAAUUUUUCCAGCUCCUCAACUCCAAAGCCUUGGCAAAUCCAGAACAGAUAUCACUUGAGUAUCUGGUUCACACCUGUACUCUCAGACAACUAUAUUCUCAGCCGGCGGAGGUCGCGAAUCUGCUUUUGCUUGCAAGCACCGCGGCCAAAAACAUGCCCCAUCUAAAAGUCAUGGAAGUAUGGAGCCCCGGCGUUGGAGAAGGCUUCUUCUUUCGAUAUGAGGCUUUGGAAAGCGGUGUCAGGCUCACGGUGGCUGCUACUUGGCAAAUUCGAACCGACCUUCGGCAGGCUAUCCAGGGAUGGCAACAGGUUGCGGAACGACACGCAGAUCAGUAUUUUGCAUACUCUGUCGAGAAAAUCGAUCGCAGGAUCUUGACUGAGAGGGACAGCAUCUGCAAACAACUGAAAUUGUUUCACCUACUGCGAGAGUGGGACCGUACGUAA